ACUGCAACUCGAUCUCACUACCACCGUUGCUAUGGAUGUCGCCGAUAUCAUUGAGUCGCCGCGCAAGCGGCUCAAGACCGAUAACCCCCCUGUCACCGAUGAUGCCACGCUUCCGACCCCCAAUGAGGUAAUUGCCGAUUCGGACGCGGCCAAGGUCUCCGCGGAGGAGGCGAGGGAACUUGAGGUCGGAAUCACCGGGUUCGUCAGCGCGGACAAUGAAGGGUUUUCGGGAAUUCUGAAGAAGAGAUACACCGAUUUCCUCGUCAACGAGAUCGUGCCCUCCGGCCAGGUCCUGCAUCUACAGAACAUCCCCGCCCCAGCAGAACCGGCCAAGCCUGCUGAGAAGCCCAUGGAAAGGCCCGCAGAGAGUGCGCAGCAGGACAAGCCACAAGAAACGGCAGAGAAGGAUGCCACGCCAAGCGCAGAGAAGACGCCAGAGUUUCAGAUCUCAGAGGAAGACAAUGCCCUCCUGGAAUCCCUCUUCGGCGAAGAAUCCACCAAGAAGAUUCUGGGCUUGAACAAGCGUGCCCUUGCCAACCCCAAGUCGAAGCCGAGUGACCUGGGAAAGCUUCCCACUGUGGUCGUCAAUGACCGCGACCUGCGCAUCAAGAUGCACCAGGCCAUCCGUCGCAUCUUCAACUCUCAACUCGAGUCUCAGACCGACAGCGAAGGAAUGAUGUCUGUCUCUGCUGCACCCAACCGCAACAACCGCAAUGCGCAGGGUGAGCGUGGUAAUGCCCGUGCCCGUGUGCCCUUCAACUGGGAUGAGCUGGGCGGCCCCUACCUGCACUUCACCCUCUACAAGGAGAACAAGGACACCAUGGAGGUCCUUUCGUUUAUCUCGCGUCAGCUGAAGGUCAACACGAAGAACUUCCAGUUCGCUGGAACCAAGGACCGGCGCGGUGUGACUGUUCAACGGGCCUGUGCGCACCGGUUGCAGGCCGAUCGCCUUGCAAAGAUGAACCCUACUCUCCGGAAUGCUGCAGUUGGCGAUUUCGAGUACUGCAAGCACGGUCUUGAUCUCGGAGAUCUGAACGGUAACGAAUUCGUCAUUACUCUCCGUGAGUGCGACAUCCCGGGAGUCGACUUCAAGGACCGUGAGGCCGCCAUUGCGAAAGCAAAGGAGCUUGUGGAAACUUCACUACGGAACCUCCGCGAACGAGGCUACUUCAACUACUUCGGCUUGCAGCGCUUUGGCACCUUCGCUACCCGUACCGAUACGGUCGGCGUCAAGAUGCUCCAGGGCGACUUCAAGGGCGCCUGCGACGCCAUCCUCCAGUACAGCCCCCAUGCUCUGGCUGCCGCCAAGGAGGGCGAGAACUCAACGGCCCUCGUCAGCUCGGACGAUAAAGCCCGCGCGGAAGCAAUCAACAUCUUCGAGACCACCGGCAGCAUCGGCAAGACUCUCGAGAAGCUGCCUCGGAAGUUCUCGGCCGAAUCAACCGUCCUGCGUCAACUUAGCCGUGCCCAGAACGACUACCUCGGCGCUCUCCAAGCCAUCCCACGUAAUCUGCGACUGAUGUACGUCCACGCCUACCAGUCCCUGGUGUGGAACUUCGCCGCCGGCGAACGCUGGCGCCUAUACGGCGACAAGGUCGUGGAGGGUGACCUGGUAUUGGUGCACGAGCACACCGAUAAGGAAAACGCCGCGGACGAGGCUGCCGCCGCGGCGGGCGAAGUUGACGCGGAUGGCGAAGUCAUCAUCACCCCCCAGGCUGGCGACAGCGCCUACGUUUCCGAAGGAAUCGCUCGUGCGCGCGCCUUGACCGCCGAGGAAGCGGCCAGCGGCAAAUACAGCAUCUUCGACGUGGUCCUCACCCUGCCCGGCUACGACGUCCUCUACCCCGCCAAUAAGAUGACCGACUUCUACAAGGAAUUCAUGGCCAGUCCUCAAGGCGGCGGUCUCGACCCCUUCGACAUGCGUCGCAAAUGGCGCGAAGUCAGCCUCACAGGAAGCUACCGGAAAUUGCUUAACCGCCCGGGACCGGACUACUCCGUCGACGUGAGCGUGUACACCCAGGACGAUGAGCAAUUCGUCCAGACCGACCUGGAAAAGAUCCAGGGUAAGACUGAGACUCCUGCCGAGACGCCGUCCUCUUCCGAUGCGCAGGAGAAGGUUGCCAUCGUGCUCAAAUUCCAGCUCGGAUCGAGCCAGUAUGCCACCAUGGCUUUGAGAGAGUUGUCCCGCGGCAAGGUCAAGGCCUACCAGCCUGACUUUGGUAAGGGUAGAUAGACGUGUAAAUAAGCUACCAUUUGUAUAUAUGUUGUUAUUUAAAACCGUUGGAUGGAUU